AUGUGGAAGACUUCCCCGCUGCCCAAGGUCCUGACUUUGGGCCUCCUGGGCCUCCUGAUUCAAGCCUCUGGGCAUCAUGCUGAUGACCUCAUCAGAACCACUGAGUCUGGACAGAUCCAAGGGACUCAAGUCAGCGUCAAGGAGAUUGACAAAGCUGUCAAUGUUUUCCUGGGAAUCCCCUUUGCCAAACCCCCUGUGGGGGCCCUGAGGUUUUCUCCUCCUCAACCACCUGAUUCAUGGGACAAUGUGAGAGAUGCGACUGCUCAUCCACCCAUGUGUUUGCAGGAUAUCGCUCUCCUAGAAAAAUUUAAUAGGCUUAUGCAAUUAAAUACCCCUACUACUGCCAAUUCUGAAGACUGUUUGUACCUGAAUAUCUAUGUUCCUGUCCAGGCAAAGGAGGGGGCCAGAUUGCCAGUGAUGGUGUGGAUUCAUGGUGGUGGUUUUGUUUUGGGGAGUGCUUCCAUGUUUGAUGGUUCAAUAUUGUCUGCCUCCAAGAAUGUGGUAGUGGUUGCCAUCCAGUACAGGCUGGGCAUCCUUGGGUUUUUCAGCACUGGGGAUGAGCAUGCACCUGGCAACUGGGGUUUAUUGGAUCAGGUGGCUGCCCUGAGGUGGAUCCAGAGGAACAUUGCCCACUUUGGAGGAGAUCCUGGCCUUGUGACCAUCUUUGGGGAGUCUGCUGGGGGAAUCAGUGUUUCUUCACAUGUUUUGUCCCCCAUGUCCAAAGGCUUAUUCCACAGAACAAUCAUGGAGAGUGGUGUGGCCAUUGCUCCUAACUUGGUUUCUUCCAGCUCAGAAAUGGUCGUAAAUGUCAUUGCCAAUCCAUCUGCUUGUGAUACACACAAUUCUUCCUCCAUGGUUCAGUGCCUUAGGAGAAAAUCUGAGGAUGAGAUCCUGGCCAUCACUAAGCAUUUCAAGGUAAUGCCUAUUGCAGUUGAUGGGCAAUUUUUCCCCAAACAUCCUGAAGAGUUGCUGGCUGCAGGAGAGUUCCACCAUGUCCCUUCCAUCACUGGUGUCAACAACCAUGAGUUUGGCUGGGCAAUUCCUAUGGAAAUGGACAUUACUGGAUUUAAGGAAGACAUGGACAGAAAAAGUGUACAAUCAGCACUGCAAAGUCCAUUUUUGCGUAUUCCUCCUAAACUUGGGCAUUUGAUGAUGGAAGAGUAUUUAAGAGAUGCCAAGGACCCAGGAGAAUAUCGAGCUCAAUUUCAGGAAAUGCUGGGGGAUUUGAUCUUUGUUAUUCCUUCCCUCAAACUGGCCAAAUAUCAACAUGGUCCCAGCUCUCCGGUCUACUUUUAUGAAUUUCAGCACAGACCAAGCAUGUUUGAUGGCCUCAGGCCAGAUUUUGUGAAAGCAGACCAUGGUGAUGAGGUGCCUUUUGUCUUUGGACUGCCUCUUUUAGGAGAGGGAACAGAAGAGGAAAAACUCCUGAGCCACAAGAUAAUGAACUACUGGGUAAACUUUGCCCAUCAUGGGGACCCAAAUGGUGGAGACCUUUUUCAUUGGCCAGUCUAUGACCAGAAGGAAGAGUACCUGCAGCUGAAUUUGGAGUUGUCUGUGGGAAAGAGCCUGAGGAGAGAUAAGUGGGAGUUCUGGACCAAGACUGUGCCUCAGAAGAUGAAGGAACUGCAGACUGAAAAAGCCCGGGUGGAGUUGUGACCUCUGA